AUGAGUGAGGGAGAUUUCAGAAACUGCUAUAAUAGAAAGCAAGGGGGAGUUUUUACAUUUAUUAAUACUACUGUUAAGGAUUAUUACACUAAAUUCUAAAUGAAUUAAGCACUAGAUGGUGGGGUUAUAUACUGUGAUGAUUGUAGUUUACAGUUUUAACAAACCAUUUUCAACUUUUUAUUUGCUUUGAGAGGUGGUGCUAUAAACUUAAAUGGGACUUCUUCUGCAUCAUUUUUAGAUACUGAAAUGGAAAAUCUAUACUCUUAUGAUAAAGGUAAAAACAAAAUAAGAGAAGUGCAUUCUAAAAUUAUGGGUGGUGCUUUUUACAUAGACCAGCAAAGUUUAGAAAUCUCUAUUGAUAGUAUUUAUCAGUAUAGUUCUAGUGCAUUAUAAAGUGGUGGAUUUAUGUAUUUAGAAAACGCAAAAUCCCUAAAAAUAUCUAACUCAAAUUUUGAAAGAUAUUAAGGCCAUAAUGGAGCCUUCAUUUAGUCUGUGGCAAGAAAUAUAACUAUUGACAUAGAAAGCAGUAGUUUUAGCUAGAACUCUGUUAUCAUACAAGAAGAUCCUCGGGAUACGUAUGAACCGGUAGAUUUUUCAAAUGAUAUAUAUGGUGCUCUAUACAUAAGAUAAGCUGAGUAUGUAUCCUUUAAGAAUAACUAGUUCUUCAAACAUUACUUUAAAUAUUAUGGGUCAGUUGCUUUCUUAGAGCACACUAAAUUUAAAGACGAUGGAUCAAGUUACUUAAAUAGUUUAUCCUAGAUAGGAGGAGUUAUGUACUUUAAUCAGACAUAUAUAGUUGAGAUGAAUAACAUCUUUUUCGAGGAAAAUAUUGGACUUACUGGGGCUGCUGGAUUACAUUUCGAAUAAGUUCAAGGAGAUUUAACUAUGACAAAUGUGACAUUUAUAAAGUCCAGAGGAAUCAUUGGAGCAAUCUAUUACUAGCACUUAGAUGAUUUAGAGUCAACAAAGUCUGACUAAUUCAUCAUUUGCAAUGUUUCUAUCAAUAAUUCUAUUGCUGCAAAUUAUGGUGGUUUAUUUUACUCUGAUCCCAAUGGUAUUUUUAUAUCUAAAGGACUCAUAAUGUAUAACGUUGAUACAGCAUAUACUGGUUUAAUUGUCAUUCAAUCUGCUAGAAUGGUAGAAUUUCAUAACUCAUAUUUAGAAGAAAUAAGAGGGUAAGUGGGUGACAAUUUUGUAAGCAUUGAUAAUCUUAAGGAAUCAGCAUAUAUUAGCUAAACAGUGAUUUAGAAUGACCCUCUAGUAAUUUCUAUUGGUUUAAGAAGGGAAUUAGAGAUAUGGAAUUUUUAUUAUUUCUAAUAUUCUACAGAUCAAUUUAAUCCUUACUCACUAAUAACAAUUAGAGGAAGAUAAGCUUUCAUCAAUAAUUUGUAUAUCCGUAGAGGUAGGUUUGAUGAUAAAUAAAGAUAACUAAUAAGAGUGUUUGGGAUUGAUGGUGUGUAGCCAAUUCUGUUUUUAGAAACUAAUUCUUAUUAUGAAAUAAUGGAUUUUCCAUGGAUUGGCUAGUAUUUGACUUCCAAUGCGAAAGUAUUCCAACAGAAUAUCAUUUAUAAUGACUAUAGAAUAGAAGCCAGUUUGUUUAAUUUUGAAAAAACAAUUUUAUUCAUGAAAAAUGUUACAUUUUCUGGUUUUUAUGGUGAAUAUCGUUAUAGAGGAAUAUUUGAAAGAACUUAGGAUUCAUUUGGUACUUAUAAUACACUUGAUCUCCAUAAUAUCACAUUCCAUGGUUUCUUUGUUUAUUCUUCGGGGACAAUUCUUUAACUUAAUCGUCAUAUUGAUUCUGUAAAAUUCACUAACUGCACAUUUUCUUCAUUUUUCUGUGUAAGUCGUGGUGGACUGGCCUUUGCUACAUAAGAUGAGAAUAAAGUUUCAACAAUUGAGUUUUAAAGCUCAUUUCUAUCUGAUAUAAAAUCAUUUGAAGAAGGAUAUUUAAUAUAUUCAACUUCACCCAACAUUUACUUUAAAAUUAUUGAUACUAUCAUCGAAUGUUAGUCUGAUAUGGCUUAAUCUGAAAUUUCAGACUAUUAAGGAAUUGGAGUUAUAUAUCUUAAGAAUUCUAUUGAAAUUGGAAUAUUUUCUUAAAGAUCCAUCUUUAGACAUUGUAGUAUUCCUGAGGCAGGAUCAUUUUUCAACUUAAUUUAAGCGAAAUUUUAAGAUGAUUCAUCUAUUUUUCUUUAAAAUAAAGCAUCAAGAGGAGGAUCAAUAAUGUGCAGUGAAUGCGAGUUAGAUUUAAAAAAUACGACAUUCUUGAAUAAUCAAGCAAAUUAAGGAGCAGGAAUAUUUGCAGAUAAAACAGUCAAGAUAAAAUUAGAUUAAGUUAAUAUAUUAGAUAAUUACGCUAAAGGUGAUGGAGGAUUUAUAUAUAUGAGAUUCAAUGAACCAGAUACCUAAGUAAAAUCUAUCGUAGAAAUUAAAAACUCUAAAAUGAUAACAGGUAAUUCAGCUUAAAAUGGAGGAUUUCUUUAUUCGUCAAAUCCUUUGAUGGAACUCUACAUUUCUGGAAUUGAAAUUUAAGAUUCUAAAUCCUCUAUUAGAGGCGGUUUCAUAAAUAUUUUAAAAGGAUCUAAAGUUCAAAUCUUAAAUUCUAAAUUCUACGAUUUUAAAUCUCCUGAAGGAGCAUUCAUAUAUAGUUCAUUAGGAUCGAUUACUUUUAACAUUCAAAACUCUAUUUUCCAAUGCAGUAAAAAUGAACUUCUAACAAAUAAAACCUACUAACUGAUAAAUAAUGAUUUUAUCCUUGAAACUGACUCUCAAUUUUCAAUAUCUAAUGCUGAUCUUGUAAUAUCUAAAAAUAAUAUUUACUAAUAUUGUGGUACAACUUCCUAAGGUGGCAUAUUUAGGCUGCAGAAAACAAAAUUUACGGAUUAUAAGUCCAAGUAUCAAUAUAAUUCUGCUUUAAUUGGAGGAGUUAUUUAAAGCUAAGAAUCUUAAGUUGAAAUUUCUAACUCUAAAUUUUACAGUAAUGAAGCUAAAUUAGGUGGCGUUCUUCAUAUUGUGUAAAAUUCAAAUUUGUCUAUAAAAUCCUGCGAGUUUUCCAAAAAUUUUGCAUUAACGUCUUCUGGGGCUAUAUAUCUUUAAAGUUAGUCUUUGCUUUAUAUUUAAGAUUCAGAAUUUACCCUUAAUUAUGCAGCUGACAACUCGGUAAUGGAAAUCCAGACCAAAACUGAAAUAGACUAACCUAUUAUAAUAAGAAAUUCAAACUUUGAAAACAAUUUUUCACAAAGGACAUUAAUAUCUAUGAUGUAUGCAAAUGUUUUAAUUCAAGAUUCUACUUUCAAAAACAAUGGAGCAAUGUCGAGAACUAAAGGACUUCUUUGUGGAUCUCUCAAUAUAACUUUGAUAAGAUGCUUUUUUUAAAAUGAUUACUCUGAUAGCUGGAAAAUCUAACUAAAAGAUGAGAGGACAACAGGCUCAUUUAUAUUUUUAGUUUCUUAAACAAUUAUGACUGUUAAAAAUAGCAGAUUUGUUAAUGGAUUUGCAAAUAUGGGUGGGGCUAUUUUUAUUUCAGAUAAUAGCUAAUUGGAAAUUUAAGAGUCCAAUUUUUUAAAUAAUAAAGCUAAAACAAAAGGUGGAGCAAUUUAUACCUCUGGCUUUCAAAGUAUAUGGAUCGGGAAUUUUAGUAAUUUUAAAGAUAAUUAUGCUCUUGAUCAAGGAGAUGAUAUUUAUAUAACAAACUCGAUGAAUAUGAUAACAUUAAACCAAGUAGAUAUAAACAAUAUUAAUGCUAAGAAUUCUAUUUAUAUUGAAUAAGCCAAAUUAUAAUCUAAUUAAUUGGUUAUAAGGGAUAUUUAUUCAAAUAAGGAUUCUAAGAAUGGAGGUGCGAUAAACUGCUAAUAUUGCACCGGACUUGAUAUUAAAAAUUCUAGAUUUAUCAACAUAAGAUCGAGUGAAGGUGGUGCAAUAUUCAUUAUCGAUUCUGAUCUAACGAAAAGUACUAAUUAUUAAAAGUAUAGGAUAAAUAACUCAACCUUCUAAAAUUGUACAGCUGAAAUUGGAGGAGCUAUAUACAUUUCAAAUCCAGAAUCAAUGAUCAUCUUAAAUAGCUAAUUCAUUUAAAAUCAAGCAAUUUAAAUAACAGAUUUGACAAAUCAAGUUUUGAAUUAUGGUUAAGGAGGAGCAAUUUACUAUACUUGCAAUUAUUACUAACUAGAUUGCUUCCUAAAAUUUGAAGGAAUAAAUGUAUUUAAACAAAAUAAAGCAUCAAUUUAAGGAGGAGGAAUUUAUUGGGACAUAUUAGAGCCCUAAUUCAAUUAAAAUAACUUUUGGUUCAUAGAAAAUUAUGCAAAUCAGUAUGGAGAUGAUAUAGCUUGUUUUGCAUAGAAUUUAAUAUCGAUAUCUUAACAAACAUACUUAAAUCAAAUGGAAAAAGUUGGUGGAUCAAUAGGAUCAGAAAAUUAUUAAAGAGAUCUUUAGAUUUCAGUAGAUGAAGUGCCAAAGAAUUAAGGGAUAAAAGUUGUAGAAAAUUAAAGAAGUGGGGGACCUCUGCCUAUCAUUUAUAUGAGCUUAAUAGACAAAUACGGAUAGAUUGUAGGUUCAGAUUUUAGUAGCUCAGUAAGAGUAUAGGUAAAUACUACCAAUCUAGAUUCUGAUGCUGCAAAGUAUCCGCCUUUAGUUGAGGGCACAAGUGAUUUUACUGUUAACAGUGGUAUUGCUGUAUUAAGAGAAAUUUAUAUCACAGGAAAUCCUGGAAGUAGUUACAAAGUUAUUUUUUCAACGGAUGGAAUUGAUUUGACCAAGCUUUCAAACAAAUAGUUAUUGGAAUAGAAGAACAGCUCUGAAUUGAACUUCUAACUUAAUUUAUAGCUAAGAGAAUGCAUAUUGGGGGAAUAAUUUACACAACUGGGAAAAUGCUAAUUAUGCACAGAGAGUUACUCUUUAGUUUAAAUGUAAGCACCUGGUGAUUGUAUUAGUUGUCCAAUCGAUAGAGCUAUUUGCACAGGAGGUACAACUAUUGGACCGCUCCCUGGAUUUUGGAGAGGAAGCAACAUAUCUCAAAAAUUCGAAAAAUGCCUUUACCUACCUGCAUGCCUCGGAAUGGUUUCUCCGAACUUAAAUCCAAUUGGUGAAUGCUUGGUUGGUCAUUAAGGUAUUUUAUGUGCAGAUUGUGCUAAGGGCUAUUCAAGAGAUAAUAAAUAUUUCUGUUCUCAAUGCCCUAAUCCAGCUUUAAAUUUUAUAAGAUUGUUUGCAAUUUCACUGGGGGUAAUUAUCUUUGUGAUCUUGAUAAUACGAUCAACAUUAAACACUUCAAAAGAUCCUUAUCUAAAUACAAGUAUAUACCUUAAAAUCCUACUAAAUCAUCUCCAACUCUUGUCUGUGACUGCAUCUUUGCCAUUCUAAUGGUCCGAGCAAAUACUAAAUUUUUUCAGUUCUACAAAAGAUAUUGCCACUGCUCAGAAUUAAAUUUUUAGUAUAGAUUGCUUCCUUUAGAUUGAUAAAAAUGAUAGCUCUUAGCUAAGAAUCUUUUAUACUAAACUAUUGAUUAUUGCAUUAUUACCAUUCUUGCUAUCUUAUAUCUGCUUUUAAUUUUGGCUGGUCUAUAAUUCAAUCAAGAAAAAGGGCUGUUUAGUUGAUGGAAAGUUUACAUCUACGCUUGUUAUUUUAUUAUUCUUAGCCCAUCCUUCAAUUGUUCAGUAUUCAUUUUUCAACUUUAAAUGCGUAGAUGUUGAUAGUUAAAUGAGAGUUUAUGAUGAUUUAGAAAUAAUAUGUUGGGAUAAUACUCAUAGAAUUUAUAGCUAUUUAGUGGCACUACCUAGCAUUAUAGUAUGGGGCAUGGGUAUACCUUUUCUUGCUCUUUCAAUUUUAAUGAAAUACUAGAAUCGUUUAAAAAAUCUGGCUGUUAGAGAAAAAUAUGGAUUCUUGUACCGUGGUUACAAAUAUCAAUUUUAUUACUGGGAAAUCAUAAUAAUGUAUAGAAAAAUACUGAUAACUUUUGUCGCAGUAUUUGUUGAGUCCAAUUUUGGUGUAGUUGCCUAGGCCCUUAUAAUGCUUAUGAUACUUGUCUGGUUUCUUGCCAUAAACUAUUAGUUCAAGCCAUUCAAUACAAAAGCAUUAAAUGAAUUGGAAACAGUAUCUUUAAUAACCUCAAUGGCUACAAUAUAUUGUGGUAUUUUCUUUAUACUAGAUAAAUCAAAAAGUUGGAUAGAAAAAAAUGCAGACUAUGCUAAUGGUGCCAUUUUACUACCAGACGCAAUCUAGAAACUAUUUUUCUUUCUUGUUGUCAUAGCUAACCUAUUAUUCUUUGUAUUGUGGAUAUCUAAGAUGUAUAAAGAAUUAAAGUCAAGAUUUAGAUUUUAAAAUUAGAGACUAUACUUAAUCUUAUGCCUUUGUAAUAACAAUGAAAAAUUAGAGCAAGAAAAAAUAAAAUAUUCAUAUUAUUUGCAGAAUCUAAGAUAUAGCGAAGAGCUUGAAAAAUGUAUCGAUAAAUACUAGAACUUCUUCGUGAAAAAUAAAAUAUAACUUAAUGACAAAAUAAUCUAAAAACUAGGGUUAUUCUUGAAUGAAGAAAAUAUUUUGAAAUAUUUUGGUAAAAAAAGCAAUAAAGAUUAGAAUAGAGGUAGAUUUCAACGUAAAUUAUUAUUUUAAAGCUAAUCAAAUAAUUAAAAUCAAGGUUCCCAAGCAAUAGAUGAAGAUUAACAAAAAUCAUACUUUGGGAGUUAAAAGUAAGCUUUAGGUUCAGAUAGUAAGAAUAUUAAAAAAUAAUUUAUUAUAGAACCUGCUCAUCAUGAUUCUUAACUUCAAUAAACGCAGCAAUCUAUUAAUUCAGAAUAAGACUUUGACUUUAUGAGCUAAUAAUAUAAAGAAGCAAAUGAUAUGAAUACAACUAAAUCAAUAGAGAUUAAUAGUUUUGCUUCCUUUCAAUAAAAGCCAUCAUUUGAAAGAUAAAGAAACAAAUCAACAUUUUCAUCUUAUAUUAAAAAUGUUGAAAAUAGCAAAUAAACUAAGAUAGAAAAAGACUUAAAAAACAUGACUUAGUUGGAGAAUCUUGUAAAUUAAUUCAAGCAAAAAGAUAUAGUGGUUUAGAAAACCCAAUAUUAUAAAAGAUAAAAAGAUGGUGUAAAGCUAUCUAAAAGCAAAUUUAGAAAGACUGCUUAGAUUUAAUCUGAAGCUUCUUAUAUUAGCAUGGAAAGUUAUUCCAAAUAGGACAAAAAUUAAGUUAACUUAUAUAAUAAACUAAAUACUAAAGGAUAGAUUAAUUUGGCCAGGAAAAAACAUUAAAAAGGUCAAUCUUCAAAUUAAAUUGACAUAGUACUAAAUUAUGCUGAUUUAGGCGAAUUUUAAUAAAGUCCAAAUUUUAAUGAAUAGAAAAAUUAAGAAUAGAUUAAUGGCAAUCCUGAAGCAUUUUCAAAACAUGUCUUAUUCAGUUCGAAAUAUGAUUAACUUCUUGAAUAAUAUACAUCUCAAUAAACCAACUAAUGCACUUCAAAAUAAAAUGUUAACCAUGCAUAGAAAUAAAAUUCAGACUCACUUAAAGAAAAUUAAAACAAUACUUUUGAAAAUAUUCUUAAGAUUGAAGCAUCAAAGUCCAAAUAAUAACAAACUGAUGGACUUUAAGAUAGAAAUCUUAUCUCAUCACAGUCUAUAGAUAUAUCUGAAAAUGAUGCAAUAGACUAUUUUCAGUCUAACAAUUAACAAAAAUCAAAUGAAGUUCUUAACGUUGAAACUAUAUAAUCGAUUUAAGAGAGUAAUGCUUUUGAUUUUUGA